AUGGAUGGAGUCAAGACCGCGCAGAAGAACAGGAGGGAAAUGGUGAGAAGAGUGCUGGAGAAAGUCGGACUCGUCGUCUCCUCGGUAAAUGACGCGAAGCACGUUGAUCAAGUUAUCUUAGCUCUCUACUCUUUUGCCGUCUGCCUUUUCCCCCUUCAUUCCGACUCUGUUUCAGGCAGUGUCAAUGAGAAAUAUCGGGACGAGUUCUUAGCUGUGGAGAUUCCAAGUGAAGACGAGAGAACUAAUUGGUGGAAUGUUUUCUACAGAGGGUCCUCAUUUAGUACUUUCUCUAGAGUUCUGUUAUAUGAUGUUGCUUCCAGUUGGCUAGCAUGCUUUCCAGCUUCUGCCAGGAGACAUGUAUAUGAUGCAUUCUUUGUAAAUGGUUGUGCUGCUGAAGUAGUUCAGGCGGUGGUUCCUUAUCUACAUCUUAGUGGAAGUGGUGGUCAGAACUCAUUGUCUGUAUGCUCUAAUGCUGAGAGGUUACUUGUCCUUUGCCUGCUGGAGAAUGAUAUGAUACUGCAAAUGACUAAAGAAUUUUAUGGUUUUUGCCAAUCUGAGAAUAUCAGCCGUGAACAACUCAAGCAGUCUAUUUCCAGGGUCUCGCAGCUUAUUACAUCUAUUCCUGACAAAGCCAGACGAGGAGCUCCAACUUCACUUUCCCCGCAUUUGUUCAUCAAGAGGCUUACCACACAGCUUCUUUAUGGAGUGGAGGAAUGGGAUCAGAAGUUAGUAGACAAGUUAGCUGUUGCUGAUGAUAGCCAUACUAAUGGGGCGAUUCUUUUCAUUGGAGAAAUUUUUUCCCGUAUCUGUCGUCGAGGGUCCACUGAUGUGCUGCUGAGUGAGGUGGUCCCACAGAUUCUUGAGCAUAUUAGGAGUGUUCUGUCAUCAACCUCUGAUCUGGAUAUUAGUGAAAUAUUUGAGUCGAAACCGGGUUCAAAUUUCUGGAUGAAGAUAAUGGAGGCAGUAAGUGAUUCCCAUUCAGUGGAAAGAAUAGCUGAAGAGCUCUUGCGUCAACUAGCUGUUGAAGAUGUCAAUGAUACCGAGGUUUACUGGGUUAUGUGGAUACUCUUUGGCCGAAUCUAUAAACGUCAGGCUUCAAUCAGGUUUACUUUUGUGGAGAAGUUUUUACUCUGGAAAGUAUUUCCCACCUGUUGCUUGAGAUGGAUUAUUCAUUUUGCCGUGGUUAAAUGCUCUCCAGAUAGUUCUUCACUGAAAUCUUAUGAUUCUCGUAGUCUCUCCGACACUGUUCAUCAUCUUGUGGUAUCAUGGUCUAGGAAAGAGUUCGUGCAAUCAUCUCCGACCGAGCAGCAAGCUUAUGUAACUGCUGCUUUAGGCCUUUGCCUUGAGAAGAUGACUAAAACUGAUCUUGAUGCUACAAAGGAUGGACUGCACUCAAUUCUUCAGGGCAUUAGUUGUAGGUUGGAGAGCCCUGUUUAUCUGAUACGUAAAAUGGCAAGUGCUAUUGCUUUUGUAUUCUCUAGGAUUAUAGACCCUCAAAACCCUUUGUAUCUUGAUGAUAGUUCUCGGGAAGAGACCACUGACUGGGACUUCGGGUUGGCCAUCCCCAGAGAACUUUCUGUUACAGAAACAGUCUGUAAUGAUGAAAAGACAAUCCAUGGAGAGAAGUGUUCAACCAUAAUGUCAAAAGAAGAAACAAGGGGUGCAAAUAAUGGGUUGAAUGAUUCUUCAAAAGUUAAAAAGAAGAAGGAAUCCAUUAUUAACUUAAUCGACCCGGAUGAAGUUGUUGAUCCAGCAUCAUUAAAUGAUGAUUUGAACUUUGGUGAAGAUGACAAUGACAAUGCAAGUGAGGACUCUGAGGAUUCAUAUGACUCAAGUUUGCAACCUUAUGACUUGGCAGAUGAUGAUGCUGAUCUGAAAAGAAAUUUUACGCAGUUGGUCGAUGUGGUUGCAGCACUGAGAAAAUCAGAUGAUGCUGAUGGUGUUGAAAAGGCCCUUGAUGUUGUGGAGAAGCUUAUUCGAGCAUCACCAGAUGAACUUAAGUAUAUAGCAGGUGAAUUAGCAAAAGUUCUCGUUCAGGUCCGAUGCUCAGACUUCACCGUGGAAGGGGAAGAAGAAUCGGCUGAAGAGAAAAGACAAAAGGCUUUGGUGGCACUGAUUGUUACAUGCCCUCUUGAGUCCCUCGACAGCUUGAGUAAACUGCUCUACUCCCCCAAUGUAGACAUCAGCCAGAGGAUCAUGAUUUUGGAUGUGAUGUCAGAUGCAGCUCAGGAGCUUGCAAGUGCUAGAGUAGUACUGAAAGCAGAACAUAAACGACCAGUGGCUCUCAUAUCGUCCACCGAAGGUCAACCAUGGUUUGUGCCUAGAAACACCGGCCAACCAGGAUCAGGGCCCUGGAAAGAGAUCUCACCAACAGGAGGAGCAUCUCCCUUGAACUGGUCUUACUCUUAUGAAAGAGAAUUACCGGCCAAAGUCAGUAACAAGAGGAUAAGUAGGGGAAAGACAAGACGGUGGAGCCUUCAGUUGGGGGUACAGGAUAAUCAGAUGGAAUCAUCACAGAAUAUGUUUCCCCCAUAUGCAGCGGCAUUUAUGCUUCCGGCUAUGCAAGGAUAUGACACAAAGAAACACGGUGUGGAUUUACUGGGAAGAGAUUUUGUUGUCCUGGGAAAACUCAUCCACAUGCUUGGUGUUUGUAUGAAAUGUUCGGCUAUGCAUCCUGAGGCUUCUGUUCUGGCGUCCCCUCUAUUGGAUAUGCUGAGAACUAGGGAAAUAUCUCAACAUGCAGAAGCAUAUGUGAGAAGGUCCGUCCUUUUUUCGGCUUCGUGUGUUCUAUUGGCACUUCAUCCAUCGUAUGUUGCAUCCGCGGUGGUUGAGGGAAAUAUUGAAAUAUCUGAAGGGCUCGAUUGGGUUCGCACAUGGGCACUGAAGGUGACUGAGUCAGACACAGACAGAGAAUGUCACAGGCUGGCCAUGGCAUGUCUCCAGCUCCAUGCAGAAAUGGCUCUGCAAGCUUCUCGGGCACUUGAGGGGUCUAAAGAUACGCCAACUGCAAAGAGCAUUAAUCUGUUCCCAGCUGUACCGAGUAGAUCAAUUAAGAUCCCCUACUUGAAUUCGUAA